AACGAUUUUUUCUGUGGUUUUCCUACGCAAUAUUUGCAAAAUAUUCUUUGUUCUUUUGAAUGGUUCAUUUCUCCAGAUUAUAUCAUCACCCCCUUUUAUCAACUGAGUGGGAGAUGGCUGACCCAAUUCUAGUCACCUUAAAAUAUGGUAUUUCUGUUUUCAAGAGUUUGUUAUGCUUUAUACUCUUGGAGUAAGUUCUGUGAAUUACAGUUCCUCAUUUACUCCUUUCUCAGUUGCUGGGUAUGGUGACUAGUGGAUGUACUUGCGUCUUGGAAUGUUGACAUGUCCAUUAAUCCAUUGUACAUGUGUUUGGAACAUUUUAUGUGUUUUAAUUCAUGGUCAGUUGUUUCAGUGGAGAUCUGGAAAAUGGCUUGUGUAACCUGUUUUUAAUGUAUUUGGUUACAGUGUUAAGUGCUUCUUGAACGACCUCCUGCAUAUCUUUCGAUCAACUAUGCCUAGGCACAAGCAUUCUUUGAACUUAUUUUUAUGAAAGGUUUUGAAGUGCGAUCUUUGCAGAUUGGCAGAUGUUAAAAUCAAAUGUGAAUUUGAGCUUUGUAUUUACUUGAUAUUUAGUUCUAAAAUUUUCGUGUCAUAGUUAUCUUGAAACACAACUGACUGAACUCAUUCAACAGUUUUUCGCUCUUUCUUUGGGGCAUUUGACACUUGUUUGUUAUAGUUAUAUAUAUCUCUGUGUAUGAUUUUGUCAUAGAGUUGCAAUAAUUUCAUCCAAGCUUGAAAAUAUUGCAAUUAAUUUAUGUAAUUUCAUCAAUUUGGUACCAACUUUAGGUUGAAAAUUGUGUAAAUCUUCUGCCCCUUUGUAUUUAGUUUCAGUUGCUGUGAACAUGAUCUUGUGUAUAGUAGUUGUUUCUGCUUACAUCUGCAUUUAUUAGUGUUUUAAAAGCGAAGGCUUAAGGCGAGGUGUUACCCUCCGCGAGGUGAGGUAUAAGCCUCAAGGCGUUGAGAUGUAAGCCUUUUGGGACUCUAUUUUUUUAAAAUAAUGAAUAAAUAAAAUAAAUUUAGACAUAGUAUAAAAAUGAGAAAAUUUGUAGAAUAAUAGAGAAAAAAAAUAAAAACAUAGUUCUUAAGUAUCAUAUAGACCAAUUUUAGCUAAAAAACCAAAAAAAUGCAUGUUAAAAGAUAAGCAUGAGCUAUAUAACCUCUAACAUCACAAAAUGGACACCAUUUUCAUGCUUCAAAGUUUAAACUCUUAAAUGAAAAUAACAAAAAAAAAAAAAAAGGAGAAGCAGCUGCUCUUAAAUCAGCAAGUGCAACUCACCUUGACUUUUAGACUUCAUUUGAGACCAGAAAUACUGUAAGGGGGUUGCAGAGAGAGAGGAGGCUGUAGGGGAUCGCUGGAGAGAGACGAGAGGUUGGAAGGGGUCAUCAGAGAUGAAAGGUCAGAUGGGGUAGGCUGGAAGAGAGAACACCUCUGCUCAAGCUGUGACUCUGUGGGGGGUUGCUGGAGAGAGACGAGAGGUCAGAAGGGGUCGUCGGAGAGAGAUGAAAAGUUAGAAGGGCCGUCGGAGAGAGAUGAAAGGCUGGAGGGAGUCAUCGAAGGCAGACAAAAGGCUGGAAGAAUAUGUGCGCAAAACCUUCAGUUGUUGCGGAAGGGGAGUGGUUGAUGCUUGUCAAGCCCUGAUAGACUUCCUUUUUUUUUUUUUUUUGAAUUUUUUAAACAUUAUUAUGUCCAACCAUGGAAGGCAUAAAAGGCACACAUUUUCAACUGAGGCGUACGCCUCAACCCCAGAGUUGAACGCAUUUUAGGAUUUUCGCAUUAAGUUACGCCUUUGGGCGUUUUAUGCCCAAAACGCAAGGUGCGCCUCAGGAACACAUUUUAAAACACUGGCAUAUAUUAUGAAACUUGUACGUUAAAAUAAAAAGAAAAGAAAAAAGAACUCAUCUUUAUGUUUAUGAAAUACUGCAGGCGGCAACCACCAAGUGUGUAAGCUCCAGUCCUGAGAUUCUGAACCCAAACUCCCCAAACCCAAGUUCUCCAACCUUGCCACCUUUUGAGAAUUCUCUAUUUUUCUUGCUGCAUUGAAUGAAAGCUGCAUUAGGACCUAGAACUCUACAUGGCAUCCAAGCCUCUGAAACUAAUUUUUAAUUCUUCUAUGAGCUUUUGGUGAUCGACAGUUGGUACAUGACAUCCACAGCCUUAAACUAAUUUCUUUAAUUCUUUUAUGAGCUUUUUGAGAUCGAAAGUUGGUAUAUGCAUUGAGAAUGUAUAUUGAUAUUUCAUACAAUAACUUUUAAGCCAUAACCAUUGCUGUUUGUGUGUUUAUUAUAACUUUUCUCCUGCAACUUCAUGUGAAUUGCAAUUAUUAAAUAAGGUUUAAUCUUCUUUCAUUAAUGUGAUUAUUGUCCUUGAUGUAAACAUGUUUAGCUAAAAUCUUUCUACUUUAUGGGGAAAUGAAUUUGAUGGAGACUGUUCUAAGUUAUAGGUUGGUUAUCACCUGCCUAAGGUUGUCCCUGUAGUAUGCUUUGUGUCUUUUUCAUAUCAUUUAUUGCUGUUGAAGCAUUCAACAUAUAGGCUACUGAAAGCUUAUGCUGGAACUUGGUGAAAGUUUAUUCAUGGUUUUUAAUUUUUUUAUGAAUUUCUAAAAUCAUGCAUUGAAUAUAUCGUUGAUUAUGAUAUACCCACCUGGCACAAUAGUUGGAGGCGGAGGUGGAUGUGGAUUGGAUUAGAUUAAACCAAUACUUCUGCAAAGACUUAUUUAUUUAUUUUUUGGGACACUCAUCCAGCCCACAUUCAUUAUGGGAUAGAGUGGUUUUUCUUGGCUUCUUUUUGGGUCCUUUCUCUUGGUUUCUUUUGGGGUUUGCAGCUGUUCGAUCUUUAAGGGAUUGCAGGGCAGCUCUUUUGUAAUCUUUUUGGUCUUUCAUCUUUGUUCUUUGUUCUAUGUGGAACACCUUGUCCUCGGACUUCUCGUACUUUGAUUUGGUUAACUCCCUUAUCCAAAAUUUUCAAGUCCUUUUUUUUUCUUCCCAUUUCUGUUUCUUUGAUUCCAAUACCGUCUGUUUUUAAUUCACAGUGUUGAGGGCAUUUUUGUUUUUACCUUUUUUUUUGCUUUCUCUUUGAAUAUUUGUUCUAGGUUGUUUGUUAUCUUAUCAAUGUGCUCAUUCGUUUGUGCAUAAUUUUAGUGAUUUUCUUUGUAUUGUGUUGAGCUGUUGAUACUUUUCUUGCGAUGUUAUUCAUUAAUUUAUUUUUUUUAGCUUUGACAGUUAAUUGGCUUCUCUGAUUUACAAUAAAAUUCAUGUGUCAAAUUUUGCUUUCUAUUUCCCAAUGAUCUUUGCAUAUCAUCUGAAAAUUUUCUAUCUCACUUAAUACACUUCCAUGUUAUUUGUUUCUUAAAAGAAAAAAAAAAAGUGCUAAGCAGCAGACUUGACUCAGUCCAUCCAAGUACUGAAUUGUCCCAAGCUAAUCCAAGCUGUGUCUAAUGUGGCUCGACUUCACCUAAGUUUUUUUUCUAAAACCAACCUAGUCAGGUCAGUUGGGAAUUUGAGCCCAACCCAACUUAACCUGCAAAAGCAGAUGGCUAAUAACUAUGGAAUGAUUUAAAUUAUUUAAACAGUGGGAGAAUGAAGAUGUUUGUGCUCUGAAUCAUUUACAUGCUUUUAAUGCACUUAAAAUUGAUUAUGUGAUUUUGAUUUGUGUAGUUGGCUUGGUCUUCUACUUAAUGUUGCAUAAAUCGAGGACUGAUUGUUUUGGGUGGGGUACAGGAGUAUAAAGCAAAAGCUAAGUGUAAUACUUGAUUAUAGGCGAACACACCCAGAAGUUACAGUUCUUGAUCCUCCAGAUGCAAUACAACAUUUACGCGAUCGCCAGUCCAUGCUGCAGGAGGUUGCUGACUUGAAUUUUUCUGAUUCAUAUGGUAAAGUUGAUGUUCCAAGGCAAUUGGUUAUUAAAAGAGAUGCAUCUUCUAUCCCUGAUGCAGUGACCAAAGCUGGGCUCAUUCUUCCCCUUGUCGCAAAGCCAUUAGUUGCUGAUGGCAGUGCAAAGUCACAUGAGUUGUCACUGGCUUAUGAUCAAUCCUCCCUCCGAAAACUUGAACCUCCACUUGUUCUUCAGGAGUUUGUUAACCAUGGAGGGGUUCUUUUCAAGGUCUACAUUGUGGGAGAAGCUAUUAAGGUUGUCAGGCGCUUUUCUUUGCCUGACGUCAGUGACCGUGAGCUCUCAAGAAAUGCAGGUGUAUUCCAGUUUCCGAGGGUAUCUUGUGCUGCAGCUUCUGCAGAUGAUGCGGAUCUGGACCCUUGUGUUGCUGAGCUUCCGCCUCGACCUUUACUUGAAAGACUGGCUAGGGAGCUUCGUCGACGACUGGGUCUGCGACUGUUCAAUUUAGAUAUCAUUCGAGAGCAUGGGACCCAAGAUCAAUUUUAUGUCAUUGACAUUAAUUACUUCCCUGGGUAUGGGAAAAUGCCGGAGUACGAGCACAUAUUUACAGAUUUUCUAUUGAGUCUGGUGCAAAGCAAAUACAGGAAGUGGUCUCCCAGUAUCUGUUAAGAGUGCCUCUCUGCAAUAAAUGAAGUUGAAAACUGACUCGGAAAUACGAUGUUACAGUUGCCCACAAUAAAAGAAAGUGUUAACAGCAGGACAACUCUCGUGCAUAUUUGCUUACAACCAUGUACAGCAUCGUAUGUGCUUCCUGCUAGCGGCAGAGGUUGGACGCUUGCAAUACGCAUGACUGGUCGGUCUCAACCUUCAAUUUGUGUAGUUAAUGUCUGGCUGGUAGGGAUGUAUGUCUUCUGAAAAGCAUUCAUUAUGUACACAGUUUUUCUUUUUAACCCAUCUAGUGACAUUGAUGCACCCUCCCCCUCACCCAUUUUUGUCUUUCCAAAGCUUCCAUUUUUCUGACUAGUGUUUUGGUCUGCCCAUUAAUUUUCUUCAUAACCACUUGUAGUUGGUUAAGUUAAUAUUCUCAUGCAUACAAAUGUCUACCUUUGGCUUACGAUGUCAUGGGUCUUCCAAGCAAAGAAACAUUUGCCUUGUUAACCAUUCCAAAA